ACUCUUUUCGAAAUCUGCCCUUCACCUCUGCCAUUCCUCCUACCAAACCGUACUGCACCAUAACCCUGGGACCUCAGUCUCCCAGGCUACCUCUGUGUCCUUGGAAUCUCCUGUCACAGGGAACUUAGGCAUUGCCAGGCUUACUGUCUCCCCAGUGGACGGUGAGUUCACAAAGACAGGAUCUGGGCCUGUGUGCUGACUUAGAGGUGCAGAAAGGGGACGCCCACCUCAUGGUUGCUGAGGGGGAAGGAGAGGCUGCUGGUCACCCCCCUGGGCUUCCCCCAUCACCUUGUCCCUGAGCCUCAAUCCUGACCUCCACAGUGGGCCACGGCCCCAGACUCAGGGAUCCGGCCAGAGGACACCCAUUUUUACCUUGCAGAAAAUGUCACCCAAGGGUGUUGACAGAGAAGCAGGAGAUGGGGUCGGCGCUGCAUAGGGUGGGAACCUGGGUGAGCCUCUCUCCCUCUCUGGCCACAGGGUCCCCAGGGUGGACAUGGACAUGGGUGGUAGCAGUUGAUCUUCAGUGCUGCCUUGGCCCUGGCAUUGUCUGGGUACAAAGUUCCUCCUCUGAAGAGGGUCACAGUUCUGACCUCACCCUCCACUUCCUGUGUGGCCUUCUCUGAGUUCUGCAGCUCUCAGUUCCUGACCGAAGAACCCUGAGGAGCAAACCUCCACCCGGACAUGCUGCUGCCGCUGCUGCCACUGCUGCUGGCCCUGCUCUGGGGGAGGGUGGAGGGGUUUGGAGACUCCAGGAAAGAUUAUUCACUGCAAGUGCAGAGGGAGGUGACAGUGCAGGAGGGCCUGUGUGUCCAUGUGCCCUGCUCCUUCUCCUACCGCUGGAGUGGCUGGGAAUACUCUGACUCUGUUUAUGGCUACUGGUUCUGGGAAGGGGCCGAUGUAUACCUGCAAGGUCCAGUGGCCACGAACCACCCAACUCGACCUGUGCAGAAGGAGACCCAGGGCAGAUUCUACCUCCUUGGUGAUCCUACGACCAACAACUGCUCCCUGAGCAUCAGAGAUGCCAGAAUGGGGGACAGCAGGUCAUACUUUUUUCGGGUAGAGAGAGGAACUCUAAAAUUCAGCUACAGAUCUCCCAAGCUCUCAGUGCAUGUGACGGCCCUGACCCACAUGCCCAACGUCUCCAUCCCGGGAACCUUGGAGUGCGGCCUCCCCAGCAACCUGACCUGCUCAGUGCCCUGGGCCUGUGAACAAGGAACACCCCCGAUGAUCACCUGGGACGGGCCCUCGGUGUCCACCCGAGGCCCCACUGCUGGUCGCUCUUCUGUGCUCACUCUCAUCCCACAGGCCCUGCACCAUGGCACCAACCUCACCUGUCAGGUGACCUUGCCUGGGGCUGGUGUGACCACAAAGAAGACUGUUCUUCUCAAUGUGUCCUACUCUCCUCAGAACUUGACGGUGACUGUCCUCCAAGGAAACAGCAUAGUACCCGUGACCCUGGGGAAUGGCUCAUCUCUGUCAGUUCUGGAGGGCCAGUCUCUGCACCUGGCCUGUGCUGCUGACAGCAACCCCCCUGCCAAGUUGAACUGGAACUUCGGGAGCUUGACCCUGAGCCCCUCACAGCCUUCAGCCCCUGGGGUACUGAAGCUUCCCCAAGUGCAACUCAGGCAUGAAGGAGAAUUCACCUGCCAAGCACAGAACCCUCUGGGGUCCCAGCAUGUCUCCCUGAUCCUCCUCCUGCAGAGGAAAUCUGGGCCCAUGGCCAAGGUGACUCUGGUGGCCAUCGUGGAAUCUGCUGUGAAAAUCCUGCUUCUCUGCCUUUGUCUCAUCUUUCUCAGAGUGAAGUCCCACAGGAGGAAGGCAGCUCGGACAGCAGUGGGUGUGGCGGACGUGGACACUGUCAUAGCCUAAUCCCUCAGGUGAGUGAUGCUGGCAUAUCACCCUCCAAUAUCCUGCUGGACACCUCCCCUGUGAUGGCCUCCAGUGUUGCUCCACCCAGCAUGACCAAGGCUGAGCCAUCUGUUUCAUCCCCAAGCAGCCCUCUGGUCCUGCUGGAACCCCCAUCCCACUGAUACUCAGUGGCUAAGUCUCUACAGGUAGAAUCAGGGUGAGGGCCUUUUCUUGACCCCUUCCCUCCACCACAGCCCAUAAAUCACUCCUCCUGUUCUUCCCUCUCCUGAGCACGGCUCAACUCCAUGCCUCUUUCUCUACUCAGACCCUGCUCAUUCCUGCAGCCUCACCUCUUCCCUGGUUCCCAAAUCCACCUCUUCUCCUGCCUCCAUCUCUCCCCACCACAGGCCUCCAGACUGUGCUUCCAGAUGCUUCCUUGUCCAGUUCUCACACGGUGUGAACAGCCGGUUUCUCUCCAUUGCUGGGGAGCGAGGUGCUGACCCAGGGGCUGGAGGAGACACCUGGCAGGGUCUGUCCCCUGCUGGACUGUCCUCCUGACCCCUCCUUUUCCUGAUCACCCAAUGCCUCCCCACACCCACCAGGCCAUGUCUUCUGUGAUCUGAGACUUUGCUUGUGAUUCCUGUUCCUGAAACAGCCUCCCUCCCAUUCCUGCCUGUAGGUCCUGCUCAUCCUUCAGGCUCAGUCUCACGUGUCACUCAGGGUUGUGUGUGUUCCUUGUUUGCUUCUGAGUGGAAGAGGGACAUUCAGUCCUUCAUUCAUAGGCUCAUUCAGGAAGUAGUACUGAACACCUGCUAUGUGUCAAGACUGUCCUAGUGCAAGAUUGCAUCAGUGCAUGUAACUUCAAAAUCUGUCAUCCAAGACUUAGGAUCGUCACUUUUUCAGAAAUAGAAAAAGCCAAUGAGCACAGGAAAGGAUGCCAAUGUCACAGUCAUUGGAAAAAUGGAAAUCAAAACUUCACAUCCAUCAGGAUAGGUCUUAUUUUUAAGGAGAAUAUAAUAAAAAAUAUUUGCAAAGAUGUGGAGACAUUGAACUGCAUGUAAAAGGAUGUGUAAAGAUGUGGAGACUUUUGCACUUCAUGUAAAAGCGUGUAACUAGAGAAACUCUUUGAUUUUUUUUCCAUCCAAAAGUUAAGCAUAGAAUUACCAAGUGAUCCAGCAAUUCUACUCCCAGAUAGAUUGAUUCUUAAAGGACUUAGAAAUGUGGACUUAAGCUGUUGCGAGUUUACCAGGGUUCACAGCUACAUUAUUCACAGUUGUCAAAGGCGGAAAUAGCCCAGGUGUCCACAGACGGACGAAUGGCAGUAGCUACGGAAGGAGCUACCUACCCCCACUGAGGUGUUCUCUAGCCUUGUCAAGGAAGGGGUAGAAUUCUGACAUGGGCUACAACAGGGAUGAGCCUGGAAACAAGAUGCUGAGGGAAAGACGCCAGACACGGAAGGACAAAUCUCAUAUGAUUUUAUGUAUUUGACCUUUCUAGAAUAGGCAAAUGCACCAGGACAGAGAGUAGAAUGGUGGUUGCCAGAGGCUGGGGACAGGGCAGUAAUGGGGAUGGGGGGAUUGUGCAACUGGUGCAGAGUUCACUUUGGGAUACCAAGAAAGCUCAGGAAAUCUGUUGUGGUCCCUGUUGCAAAACACUGAGAAUGUGCUUAGUGCUACUGAAUUGUACCCUAUAAAAUGGCCAAAAUGGCCAAUUUAUGUUACUUAUAUUUUACCGUAAUAAAGAAGGCAACAGGCAGUGUCAUUCAGGAGAAAAGGAGGAAAAGGUGAAUUAGCAAAAUGAGAGCAUGUGGGAUUAGAAAAGGAGCUUGUGUCGUUUUGGGGGACAGUGUCUGUAUUUGCCAGUGUGGGGAGGUGAGGUGUGGCCACGGAGGUGAAGGCACUGAGGACUGAGUGAGAGAACAGCCUCCCAGGAGGAGGGAAGGGGGACCAGCGAGUGCAGGGCUCAGAGGCAGCAGCAGACUAAGGGCUGGGGACACUCCAGGCCUGGUGUCUGAGAGCAGAGGGUGGCAGGAGGAGGAUGGUGCAGACAGGCAGGGACCCAGAGCCUUUGGGGACAGCAGAGGCACGACUGCACUUACGCUGUGACAGGACCCACAGCUGCCCUGGUCUGGGAGAUGUGGAAGGUGCCACUGGAUCCUCCAGGAGGAGGGACAGUGGCUGAACCAGGAGGCAGAGAUGGGGCGAGGAUGUGUUUUAGAAUGUGUUGAAGAUUGGGCGGCGCCUGUGGCUCAGUCAGUAAGGCGCCGGCCCCAUAUACCUAGGGUGGCGGGUUCAAACCCGGCCCCGGCCAAACUGCAACCAAAAAAUAGCCGGGCGUUGUGGCGGGCG